AUGGCAUCCAUGGCGCGCAAGUUUCAGAACAUCAUCGCACUUGGUGCCUGCUCCACGACAGAAACCUCAGCUGAACACGACGCAGAUUUGUUUGGCCCCGAGUUCUGCCAAAAGGUUCAUGACGAAGCCCGCAACUGGAAUCACCAUCGCGUCAUUGUCAAUGCCAACUCGAACGGGAGCAACAGCAACUACAACAACCGUGGUGGCUUCCGUGGGCAAUGGCGCAACCACGGCGAACCUGGAUUCAGCAUUGCCGACCCCGAGUACGGAUUCCCUUUACAGUUUUCCCCCAAAAAUGGUUGGCUACGAGGACCAUCGCUUACGUAUGUCACAGGAGAACGCCGCUCUCCUGGAUCAAGCAGUAUACAGGAGCUAUUACUGAACAAACAAGCCAUCGAAGAGAUUCCAUAUCACCAGAUGCAUGUGCAAUCGUAUCUGUUUCCGCUCCGGCAACACAACAAGGUUCGUGCGGUACUGAAUUGCUCACAAUUGAACGACUAUAUCCAAUACGAGCAUUUCAAAAUGGAGGGUCUGCCGACCUUGCGACAUAUGAAGACCUAUCAAGCACGUCGCCUGAUGUUUGGAGUGGCCCAUGCGCCCCGGUUGUUUACAAAAAUUAUGGUCAAGUUGCUUGCCCCAUUGCGGAAACAAGGCCUGAAAUUGACAUUUCACAUCUCUGCUAGCAUCGAGCAAAGAACAAGCACGCCAACAUGGCCACCUUUUAAAGACCCAUCUGGAACCAUUGGGAUUUCUAAACGCAAGCGAUUCCGGGCGGGGUUAUUACAGCACAGGUCGACAAGGUUUCGGACAUUGGCGACCACAAGAACAAGCGAUGUCAAUCAAUUGGCGAGAGAACUAGGGGCAGUUCUGCAUGCGUUACAGAGCCAUCAGCAAACAUGGCGCAAGGAAAUUGUCCAAAUCCGAUCCGACAGUGUUACGACAUGCGCCCUCAUAAACAAACAAGGUUCAAUCAGCAUCAACAUUUUCAUCAGUUAG